AUGGAGGCUCGUUCUUUAACUGCACUCAAUAAUCUUGCCGGCAAUCCGCCUCAAUACCCCAUCAACCCAGCUCAAGAGAGACAAGAUCCUGUGACUCUCUACAUCUCACGAGUUCCUGGUACUCGAGAUGUUAUUCUCUCCCCUUUCAAGCCUCAACUAAAGAUCGUCACCGCCGAAGAUGUCGCGAAUUGUCUUUACUACGUUCACUAUGAAGUCCCCUCACUAGAACCAACUGGGGGCGCGCCAGGUCUGCGAGAUGACGGCCAUCGAUCUUCCAGCGACGAGAGCUCUUCUAUACGGAACAUCAAGAGGAAGCCUGUUCCUGGUGGCGCAAGACCAUUGACGCCUCCGCCCACCGACCAUCUUCCUGUCCCAGACCAAGACCCUACUCGAAGACGUGGUUUAUCAGUCAACUCAACCUUUGAUCCUCGACAACAACCCUCCUCACGAUACGAUUACGAACAGGAAGAGCAAAGCCCGGUUCUCCCCCCUCGGCCGGGUACAAACGUUCCAAGAAUUCAUACACCCGAGCCUUCAAUCUCCCGAGAUCCUUCCGUAACUCGAAAGCCAGUUGGUCCCCGAACAUCAACUAGUUCCGCCCCUGGAUCAGAGAAUCAGCGUCCUCUUCCACCAGUGCCUGGCCCAUACCCAGCAGCUGCAGACUUGGAACGAAUGCUUGCGUCAAACCGACCCCCGCCAAAUCGAAAAAACCACAGCCGUUCCCCGUCCCCGAAGAAGAGCUAUGAGGGAAAGCAACCUUUCAAACUGGCACUUAUACGCCGUGAUCCAAGCACAGGAAACCAGUGGAACGUCGGGCAUAUCUCAUCCUUCCAGACAGAUGCACCACCACCCGACCAAGACGAUGCGAACCCGCUCUUCACAUCUGUACCACCCGUUGCGCAACCGCCAAACGCCGGAAAUCCCCCCAUCAACGUCCAUAUCGAGACGCUAGGGUAUGGCAAGUUCCGCGGAAUGCCUACUCGACGAAGUUUCGACGCUGGACCUGGCAUGGAUACUACUCAGCCGAAGGAUGGCGGGGUUGUCAUGUCGAGACAGGUUGCUAUGGGCUAUGCGAAGAGUUGGACAACCAAUUGGCGUGAGAUGCUGCAGGAUGGCGCUGGACGUGGCCAUGGGCGACAAGGCAGUGUUGGCUCGGUCGAUUCUGUGGAAGCGUCGUCGCCCGUCGAACCUGCGAUAUCAAUGCAACCAGGGCCUGGAUUGAGACCGCGUGGAUAUAUAUUUACGAGUCCCUGGAAUGGCAGAUGUGAGUUUCGCACUGGGGCUGCUGGUCGCAGUUUACGGUGCUAUCACAUCCUACAUGAUGACAGAUCAAAUAACCCCCUAGCUGAGCUCAACCAAGGUCAAGUCCAAGGUGGCGGUGGCGGCAUGGCCAUGAGCGAACUUCGGUUCAAUCUUCCAACUGCAGAACUCUUUAAAACAGCAGAAGGUCGAGAGGAAGUCAAGACCCAGUUGCAGGGACACUUCAACAAGCUUCUCGGCCGCGACGAGCGAAACGAUGCCUAUGAUGACGGCAUGGUCUCACCGUUCGACAUCAACCUUGGCAAAGAGAAAGCCGGCGGUGGAAACCGCGGAAAGAGAGCCAAGCUGGGCAAACUCAUCAUCUAUCCCGACGGGCUAAAGAUGUUGGAUCUGUUGGUAUCUGCGAACAUGGGUCUAUGGUGGCAGGCGUGGGAGAAGAGCUUCUAA